CUUCACUUCUUCGAGUCCUCCAAUCGACUGGAACAUUUAUUUUCAUAAAGGAGUUAGAGAAAUUGCAGUGGCGACCCCUUUAUUUUGUUUAUGUAUCAUGCUAAACGUCUUGGUUAUCGUGGCAAUUCGAAGAAUGUCUGGGAGUACAUCGUUCAUGCAUCGCCUGAUGAUCAAUUUAGCGUUAGGUGAUAUAUUAGGGGCAGGUUAUCAAUGGCUGUGGGCGCUAAAGCUUGCUACUCUCCACCUCACCAAGAAUCGCUGGGUCUGCUUUCACAAUGCAGCUGUGUUAGUCAGGGUCGUCAGUUAUUCUGUCUGCUCGUUAACGUUGUUUUUCGUGGCCUAUUUCCGAUACAUUGCAAUAUGCCACCCUAUGUCGAAUCUGAAGAGAUCGGUGACGUCACGCACGGUUAUACUCGCCAUAUGGGGCUUAUCGUUUCUCCUUUGUUUCCCGAUAUUACUCGUACAUUUUAUAAUUGCCCCAGACCCGAAUUGUAUACUAGGAGACAAGGCGCCCAAAUUGCUCCAAGUUUCUGAAAUUUACUAUCAAGUUUGGAGUGGAAUCAUCAUACUUUUGAUAAUCUCGGUUGUCCUGAUAUAUCUACGUGUAUUUAUCGAGGCGCAAGUUCUAAGACCACACAUCGGGAAUUCCACCAGUUCGAGGAAGGAUACAAAAGAUAAUUACAACGCACUAACAACAACACUCCUUCUUACGGCUACACUUGCCUUUGCAAUACUACCACAUUUCAUUUUUAAUUUUAUACUCAAUUAUAAACCAGAACUUAUCGAAAAACUCCCAGAUUAUGUUCCAGAACUUUUUGAUUUCCUUCCGUUUUUUAACUUUCUGUCGGAUCCUAUCAUUUAUGGGUUUAGAACGAAACAGGUGAGACUGCAAUGCAAACGAUUGCUUCGAUGCAACACGGACGAAAGGGGGAGCACCACAGACUCUGUGACGUCUGUGACGUAUACGAGUACGUACAGAGGGAACAACGCGGGGAAAUACAGUAUGAAAGUCCGUAAUCCUAGCAUUAUCAGUAGCGAUGCCAGUGGUCCUGCUGGAGGACGAAACGUCGGUGAAUCGGCAGUAGUUACAAAGAUAUAAUUAAAAUUGUGAAUCAUAUAAAACGAUGAAACAAACUCAAGAAUUGUGUGGCCAUUAUUUUAGGUCCUUCAAGUGGUCCAUCCAUUGACGAAACAAUAUUAGGCAAAUCUAAGGAUAACAUAACAGAAAAUUCCUUAUAAACGUACACUCCAAAUAAGUAGAAAUACUCGAAAUUCUCGUAAUUUUCUAAAAAGAAGCAAAUUUUUUGACCCUACACCUGCCCCCACCUUCCCAUAGAUCACCAGUGGGGUCGGCCACAGAAACAUCGCAGACACGAUGUGGAGUUAUAAUAGUAAAGAAAAAAUAAAGAACCCCAAAUUCGUCAACGAAUUAGAUGAAUUCGUACCGCAAACAUUUUGGUCCAUGCAACUGAUGUUCAGUGAUUAUUCAAAUACGACAUCUAAUGGAGAAACUAGACAUCUACAAAUUAUGGAUAACUGAUUAGGAACAAAGGUAUAAUCUCAAUGCAAAAUAUAUCCAACAGAAUUAAAGCUAUGAUUUGAAAAUAGUGAAUGUUCAUUGACGAUAUCAUACACGCUAAAUUGAAUUAUAUGGACGUUAUUCAAGC